AACAUAGAAUUUAAGCAACUUAAGCUUCUAACUAGUUUCUCCUCUGGAGAUGGAGAAGAUCUCGCGACUGGUGUCAGAGAACGGAGUUGUGAUCUUCAGCAAGAGCACAUGCUGUUUGUGCUAUGCGGUGGACAUUCUGUUUCAUGAACUGGAAGUGAGGCCAGUAGUUUAUGAAAUCGACAAAGAUCCCGAGGGAAGGGAAAUGGAGAAGGCUCUAUACCGGUUGGGGUGCAGUGCGCCCGCGGUUCCAGCAGUGUUCAUAGGGGGCAAGCUUGUGGGAUCAACCAAUGAAGUCAUGUCACUACACUUGAGUGGCUCCCUUGUUACUCUGAUCAAGCCAUACCAGGCUGUGUUAUCUAAUUAAACAAUACCAUGUCAACAAACACAAUGUAAAAUUCAAAGAUAAAAAUAAGCUUGGCUGCUCAGCACUUUCAGCUCCGUUUUAAUCUCUA